AAGUUGUUGGAAAUCUUACUCAUUACAAAAGUACAAACGGAUUCUACGGUUGGUUUUCAAUUUCAUUUCCCCUUUGCUAAAUAUAUUCCGUCUCUUUCAAAACAAAAUUUCUUCUUUGUUUCUCACCCCGAGUUUCUCCGGAUUAAUUUCAGAGGUUAUUACAUUUCUCAGAUAAGUUUAUCUUCCUUACAUUUCUUCCAUUUCUCCACCACCAUAAUUCUACUUUCUUUCUGUUUAUCAUCCAUAUUUUUUAGCUCAAUUGUCUGCUCUUGUUUCUUUCUGAAUUGGGUUUUUUUAGUUCUUGAAUGAAUUGCUAAAAUUCCGAUUCGGGAGGAGCAAAAAAUCGGCGGUGUUGGGAAUAUCUCUGUUUCUAGAAUGCUGAAUUCAUGAAUGGAAGCCCUUAUUUGAAUUUCAAGGGAAUUUGAGGAUUGUUCUACCCUUUUUUUAAGGGGUUUUGUGGGUUUCUCUGUUUUUAUGUUUGAUAAUUUGGGGUACUUUCUUCUGCAUUUGAUUACAGGGGAAUUUGUGUUUGGGUAGAUUUUAGGCAAUUUUUACUUACAAAUUUGUAUGUGCUCUGUUGAUUUUUCUCGAGGGUUUGGAAUUGUUUGUGGGGUUUGAUUCUCUUCCUCUUGGACUAGUCUAGUUUAGUUGGUUUGAAUUCGUUUGAAGUGUGUAAUUGUAGAAAUUAGUUAUUUUCGUCGGUUCUUGGUUCUUCAUAUUGUUUGAUUUUUGAUGGGGAAGCAAAGUGGGAAGAAGAAGAAGCAGAUUGGUGAUAAAUUCCGGGAGGCGGUUUCGAAGCAUCGCCAAAAUGGAGAUGGAAAUCCAAGUUAUGACAAAGACCAUGUUAUUUUCAUUACUAUGUCUCAGAUUUUAAAGGAGGAGGGCAAUAAAUUGUUUCAGUCUAGAGAUCUUGAAGGAGCAAUGUUGAAGUAUGAUAAGGCUCUCAAAUUACUCCCAAGGAAUCAUAUAGAUGUAUCGUAUCUUCGGAGUAACAUGGCGGCAUGCUAUAUGCAGAUGGGGCUUACUGAGUAUCCACGAGCGAUUCAUGAGUGCAAUUUGGCUCUUGAAGUUACUCCCAAGUACAGUAAGGCGUUGUUGAAGCGGGCCAGAUGUUAUGAGGGUUUGCAUAGGUUGGACUUGGCUCUAAGAGAUGUUAAGGCAGUUUUAAACAUGGAGCCAAAUAAUAUCAUGGCUUUAGAAAUAUCAGAGAGAUUAACAAAGGCACUUGAGAUGAAAGGAUCGAAGGAAGAGGAUGCUGAUAUCAAGCUACCUCUUGAUUUUGUUGAAUUGCCUUCUACAAUGUCGCCGCAAAAAAGAAAAGAAAAGAACCGAAAGAAGAAAAACAACCAAAAGACUAAGGAAACCAUUGAUGAGAAGAAGGCGGAUGAAACAGUGGAGGGGGAGGAGAAGCCUGAUGAAAUAAUGGUGGGGGAGGAGAAGGUUGAUGAGAUGGUGGAGGAGGAGAAGGUUGAUGAGAUGGUGGAGGAGGAGAAGGUUGAUGAGAUGGUGGAGGAGAAGAAGGCUGAGGAUAAACUAGUUGUGGAGGAGAAAAUCACAAGGACACAGGAGGAAACACCUAUGAAAACUGUGAAAUUGGUGUUUGGAGAAGAUAUUCGAUGGGCUCAAUUGCCAAUUGAUUGCACUCUAUUGCAACUGAGGGAGGUUAUACGUGAUCGCUUCCCUACCUGCACGGCGGUCCUUAUCAAGUACAGGGACGAAGAAGGUGAUUUGGUAACAAUUACUACCAAUGAAGAAUUACGAUUGGCUGAAACAUCUAAGGAGUCACAGGGUUCUGUUAGAUUUUAUAUAUUUGAAGUUAAUCCAGAGCAAGAUCCAUUCUACGAAAGGUUUAAGAAUAACGAGGUUGCUAAGUGUGAAGUUGAAGAAAAUAGCAUCUUUGAGAAUGGCCAUGUAUUAAAACCAAAAGAAAUAAAGAUGUCAUCUUGCAUUAAUGACUGGAUAAUUCAAUUUGCUCAGUUAUUUAUAAACCACGUUGGAUUUGACUCUGGCCCAUACUUGGAUCUCCAUGAUCUUGGGAUGAAGCUUUAUUCUGAGGCUGUGGAAGAGACAGUAACAAGUGAAGAAGCUCAGGGUCUUUUUGAAUUAGCAGCAGAAAAAUUUCAUGAGAUGGCAGCCUUAGCACUGUUCAACUGGGGAAAUGUUAUCAUGUCAAGGGCGAGGAAGAAGGUCUACUUCGCAGAUGGUGGUUCAAAAGUGCAUGUGCUUGAACAGAUCAAAGCCGCAUUUGAUUGGGUCGAAAAAGAAUAUGCUGAAGCAGAAAGGAAAUAUCAAAUGGCGGUGGAAAUCAAACCAGACUUUUAUGAAGGCUAUCUAGCUCUAGGAAAACAACAGUUUGAGCAGGCAAAAGUUUCUUGGCAUUAUGCAGUUAGCAGCGAUGUUGAUCCAAAAACAUGGCCCUGCACUAAAGUUAUGCAACUUUAUAAUAGUGCCGAGGAAAACAUGGAAACAGGCAUGAAAUUGUGGGAAGAAUGGGAAGAACAGCGUACCGGCGAACUCUCUAAAUCAAGCAAUGUUAGAACUCAGUUGCAGAAGAUGGGGUUAGAUGGGCUGAUCAAGGAUAUAUCAGUUGAUGAGGCUGCAGAACAGGCUAAAAAUAUGAGGUCUCAUAUAAACCUCUUAUGGGGAACCAUGCUUUACGAGCGAUCAAUAUUGGAAUUUAAGAUGGGGCUGCCCACGUGGCAUGAAUGUCUGGAAGUUGCAGUUGAGAAAUUCGAGCUUGCUGGAGCUUCUGCAACGGAUAUCGCAGUUAUGAUAAAGAAUCACUGUUCAAGCAACAAUUCACAUGAAGGUCUUGGGUUCAAAAUUGAUGAGAUAGUACAAGCAUGGAAUGAGAUGUAUGAAGCUAGAAAGUUACUAUCUGGAGUUCCAUCGUUCCGAUUAGAGCCAUUAUUUCGGCGAAGGGUCUCGAAAAUCUACCACGUGUUGGAGCAAGCUUGAUUGCAAACAAAUUUUUAGUUUUUUCUUACAGACUAGAAGGAAUAGUAUUAAAGGUUUCUUCUUCUUCUUUCAUGGUACAGAUGUAGCUUGCUUCCUAAGAAAUAUUAGAAGAUUGUUGUCCAUUUCUGGUGUGUUCUUAUGCAUUAUUUCUCAAUACAGGGUUCUUCAAUCCAUCCAACAUUUGGGGACAAUAAGAAAUUGCAGGGGCUUCCAUUUUAGUUAGUUUCUGCUUUCACUUUCAUCCUCUUGUCUCCUCAAGUAGUUUUUCAUGUUUAAGCUCAUAGUUAUUAUAGUUUUUGAUUGUCAAAGUCUCCUAGAAAACAAAUUCUUUCAUUAUUUCUUAUCUUGGUUUGCAAUUUUUAGUGUAAAUGACACUUAUUUUGUAAUCUUAGUGGAGCUAUAUUUGUAUAUUCACUUAUUUAUUUAUUUUUAAUUAAAUUCGAAUUUCUUCCCU